AUGGCCGCUGAAGCCCCCGCGAGAACCGGUCUGGCCGUCGGCCUCAACAAGGGCCACAAAACCACUCCCCGUGUCGUCAAGCCCCGUGUCUCCCGGACCAAGGGUCACCUGAGCAAGCGCACCGCUUUCGUCCGUGAGGUCGUCAAGGAGGUUGCUGGUCUUGCCCCCUACGAGCGCCGAGUCAUUGAGUUGCUCCGAAACAGCAAGGACAAGCGUGCCCGUAAGCUCGCCAAGAAGAGACUCGGUACCUUCGGCCGUGCCAAGAAGAAGGUCGACGAGCUCCAGCGCGUCAUCGCCGAGGCUCGCCGCGCGGGUCACUAAAUCGUCUAAUCUGAUUUUUGGGAAUCUGGCACCGAAAGGGGUUCGCAUGGAUUGGCGUGGUCACGAUUUGAUCGAUUAAAAAAUGAAACGGCUUUGAUGCUCCGUGGCAGGGAUUUAGCUGCGGCUCACCGGAAUACCAAUACUCUGAAG